UAACAAAAGUAAAUGGGAAAUCAUGUGAAAAGUGACAUCUUGCUAUUAAGAACCAAUGAGGUGUCCGUAAAUACGGCUCAAAAUUAGGCGAAUGGUUGCCUAAUGUGGGGGACCUUAACAAGUUCAAGGAUAUCCCCCAAAAUAACGGACUUGUUGUUUACAUUUAUUUUGUUUACGUCAAAAUGUUUUCUUACCAAUAAUUUACCAAUAAAACGAAAGCCUUGAACAAGACUGAAAAUUCACCUUUGCACAAAUUCAAGAGUUGCUGCGGCUUCCACUGGAUACUGCAAGUUGAACACAUAGAAAGUUGCAAACCAGAGUUCGAUACCCUGGAUGAAGCUUGUGGUGUGGACCAAAGUAUUCCCCUCCACAUAGACCGCAAACUUUGUGCUUAAGAAAGGGUUGCUGCCUGCCACAGAAACAACAUUAUUUCAGGGGCAAAAAACAACAACUUUAGGUGCAGAGUAAAUUGGUGUUGUCUAACUUGUGAGUUAUAAUUCAGUAAAGUAGAAAUACAAGUGUUAACUUAUAUUUCUGGGGUUUUCCUCUCAUGGGGACGUUUGACCAUAAAGGUGAUUCCUUGUACAAUGCAUUUGGAAGCGUAGAAAAAAAUUACUGAUCAAUGAAAGGGUUGUUGUUUGACACAAAGAUAAACUUAAUAUGCUCCAGUUCUUUUGGUAAGAAAUUUAAACAAAAUUAUAAAUUAAGAUAUGAAGUCUUUAUUUGAGGUAAAGAAAUCUUAUCAAUAUAUUAUGGUGAAAAAGGAGCUAACGUUCAGAAUCAUUUGAAGUUAAAACAACUUGAAAACAUUGAAACACAAAGUUAUGAAAGCAAAGCAAAUUCUAUAGAUGGGAAAGCUUAGGAUACAGGGUUGACAUACAUGACAAGAGGAACAGAGAAGAACAAAGAGGUGGCUACAAGAAAGUACAAAGGACAAGGCUUGUGGAAACUGGGAAAAGAUCAGAAAGACGGACCGUAUAGUGAAGUGAAAGUUUUAAAAAGGUUCCUGAAAAAUAACACCUUGAAAUUCAUUGGCUGUGGUAAAAUUGAAAAGUAGGAUUGUGGGCCUUGGCAGUAAUGGCAAUGAAUGGAAAGGGGGCUCAUGAUAUAAACUGAAGCACAUAUGAAUAUUGACGUAGCCAAACUUUUUAACAUUGUUGUUACAAUUAAGCAAAAUUCAAAACAACAUUUCUGCUUCUUGCAUUUUAACUUUCUUUCCUUUUAUUAGCAACAGGUUUAUUCCACUGAAUAUAGAAAAUGCAAUACACAAGCAGAGUCAGAAAAUAAUUUAAAAGAAUGUAUUAUAAGCCUAUAGAGUUGAUAAGUCAUAAGGUUUGCUUUUCUGUGACGUCCAAAUAAAACACCCUAUCCAAAGUUACUCCUUACAUAAGAAACAAGUAUUUUACCUGCAUAUACAUGUACCAGCACUGGUGUAUGCACAUCUAUGCCUUCAUAAUCUUCAGUUGUUGCUGUUUCCUUGCAUAAAAUGAACAGUUAUACAUAUACUUACAACAGUGUUUCUAAAGAUUAAUACCCACAAUGUGUUACCUUAUAAAUUGUGCAAAUCAAAUAUGACUGUACCCUUAAGGAUACAUGCUUCUGCACGAUUCAUAUAUUUUAGGAUCUAAAUGAAUCCUUAACAAUCAAAAGUGGGUUGGUGAAGCCAAGAUUUGACAAACAUUGUUCAUUUAAACUGACAGUGCUUUAUCUACAUGUCUUUCUUAAAAAAAAUUCUGCUUUGUCUCUUGUAAUGAGUCACGGCUUUUUACCCAAAAAUGUGAUAAAUAGAGUGCAACACUGGUUACCUGAAAUCCCUUGAUGAAGAACUCUUUGUCCUGUGCAAAGUAGUGUGGAAGGGUGUAAAAGUGUCUGAGAGGUUCAUGAUAUCUUUGCAGGGUCAUUUCUCAGGUUUUUAAUGCUAUUAUAAGCUGAUCAUUCUCUUCAUUGUAGGACACUACUGAGGAUUCUCAGUGUGGAAGGGUGACGACUGCUGCAGCCUGGGAGACAACAUGUGGAGAGUAUCCCAGGCCCAUCAGGUGCUUGAGAGACAGGCAGUUCACCAUCACUGUCACAGCACAUGCCAGGGACAUCUCCACCUCUGAAGAGACAAAAGGCUAUGCUCUUUCUAAGUGUUUGAUCCAAUUUCUAUUGUAAAAUGUAAAAUUUGUAUUUUUCUUUGCAUUUCACUGAUAUCGUUAUGUAUGGGCCUAGAGGAAUAUUCCUCCAUGGUAUGGGUAAUGUACCGGGUAAUCAACAUACUUCUAAAUAAAGUCUUCAAAGAUUAUCUUUGUGAGUGCAAGUCAACAAGAUCUCUUUAAAACUGAUGGCAUUGUCUUGCUAAGGUAUUUCUUAUUAAUAACAAAUUGACUUAGGAGGAGUCAGCUUUGAUUUAUUUUAAAUUGAAUGACAGAAACUACAUUACCAUUGUUAACUUCACUAUGUGCACAUCCAAACACUUUGAUAUUUACAAUAAUGAUCAUUAAUGAAUAAAAUAUCUCAAUCAAAAUUUCAAUCAUAGUGUAAAAGUGUCUGAGAGGUUCAUGAUAUUUCUUUGCAGAGUCAUUUCUCAGGUUUUUAAUGCUAUUAUAAGCUGAUCAUUCUCUUCAUUGUAGGACACUACUGAGGAUUCUCAGUGGGUCAGCAGAUGGAAGGAGUGUUACUGACAACAUUGAGAAGACUGCACUCCUUACGAAAUGUGACGAGCACAACAUGGUGAAGAUUUUGGUCUGAUAUAUGAUUGCCCGUCAUGGCAAAAACAAAAAGGAUCACCAGUCAAAGGUUGAAUGGCUCAAAGAUAAUGUGGAGCCUGCUGACAAGGUACAGGAGUACAUGGAGGUACAUGUAUGUGACAGCUGACUACCAAAGAGAUUGGAUCAAGAAUAAGGAGAGAACUGUGGCCGAGAUUCUUCAGGAAUUCCCAAGACUAUUGGACAGUAACAUGAUUGAAGAGGAUUAUCGUUUGGCGUACCCCUUAUCAACUGACAGUCUGUACAACAGAUGGAGUGCCAUGGUCGACCCUAUCAUCGAGUAUGGUACAAGAAUGUGCCCUUUGUGGAAGGAGACAUUGGAGCUUCCACAAGAUAUGACCCUGGACAAAUUGACAAAAGAUCAGAAGUCCAUUUUGGCUUUGAUCAUCGUGCCUGUCGUCUUUGAGGGGAAUUCCAAGAAAAGAGCUGCUGGGAGAAGCACUAUCAAAGAUGUAGUUGGAUUUUUCAUUGACAGGUAUUGGGAUAUCAUCAACAUGCCGCAGUACCUAAAGGAGGUUGAUCCAAAGACUCAUCCCCAGCCGUUUGUACUGUCACUGAGCAGUGCGAUUCAUCUGGAAUCCAGAAAUGCCUUCAUCAUCAUUGAGAAGCAAGCCAUACCUCAGCCAUCUAUCCUGAAAGCAGUUGAUGUGUGCUACAAAGCGCACUACAUACUGGAUUGUGAGUACCAGGGGGCAUGGACUUUCUUUGAGAAGUGCGUAUACCAGAGCCAAUGCUUCGCUGAGAGGCGUAUGGGCUUACCUUGCACACAGAAAUGUUCUCUAAACACUGCAGCAGACGUGCAGUGCACACAACAUGUAUUUUCUUGUAUUUUUAAGGCUACCAGACGAGUUUGGAUAAGUAGUAGAUGUUUCAACUUGUUUUGAAACAGACAUGUUGUAACAUGCCAUAUCUCCUCAAGACUCUUUUCAAUAAAAAAAACCCUGCAAGGUGUGUUAAGGUCUUGUUGAGGAGAAAUUAUUUGUUUGUUAAUAAAAAGAAGAGGGAAAAACAAAA